AUGUCACAAUUUAUAUUCUAAAUAAAAUUUAUAUAAACAAAUUUGAAUUCUAUAUCUGAUUCUCUGAAUUACUUUGAGAGAGGUCUUUGGUUGAUUGAAUAUAUUUUAAUAAUAUAUAUUAUAUUAAUUAAAAGGAUUUUUAAAUAAUAAAAAAAAUUUGUUUUAUUAGAGAUGGUGCUUGGAAAGUUCGUUGAAGUUGGAAGAGUUGUCAAGAUCAACUAUGGUCCAUAAGAAGGCAAAUUGGCCACUAUUGUUGAAAUCCUCAACGACAAGAGAGUCCUCAUUGAUGGACCCACCACAGGAGUUUAAAGAUAGGUCAUCCCAAUCAGAAGAUUGACCCUUACAAAAUUCAAUCUUAAAGGUGCCACCAGAGGUGCUAGAACUGGUGUGAUUACCAAGGCAAUUAAAAAGAGUGACCCAUUUGCACAAUAUCAAAAUACUAGUUGCUGCCAAGAAACUAAAUUAACAGAUUUUGAUAGAUUUAGAGUUAUGAUUCUCAGAAAGAGAAGAAGUGCACUCCUCAGUACCUAACUUAAAUCUUUGAGAAAGAAUAAUGCUGGAGGAAAAGCAGCUGCUCAAGCUAAAGGAGGAAACAAGAAAAAAUGAAAAAGCUUCAUAUAAAAUAAGUAUAUUAAUCAUGUGAAAUACAAAAUCAAAAUCUUUCU